AGGGCACCAAUCCUUUGAAACUCCCUAAGCGCCUCCGACACCUGAUGAUUAACACACACACACACUCAUCCUCACCCUCACCCUCACCCUAUCUCCACGGAUACUAAAUUAUACACAACAUCGCGUCCAUCAUAGCCUCGAAACAUCGUGCUUGAAGAUCUUCAUACACCACACGUUUUUCCGUGGAAUGAGCAUUCCAUGCAGCAUCUUAGGUAUGAAUGAUGUAGCCUGGCAGGAGACACGCGGCGGGAUGGUGCACACGAAUAGUGUCCCAGAGACUGGAGGGGUCAGAGUCCAUGCAGGGGGUUCUCUAGCCACAGUAGGAGGUGCUGGGCAGGGACCUGGAGGAGCUCACCUGCCAGGUAUGGACCGGGUGGCAAAUCCCAACCCUGGCACCCCUCAGCCUCCACUGAGCGGUCGCUCCCAAGAUGAUGCCACUGUGGGCUAUUUCUCUCAAAGGCAGCCUGGGGAGCAGUUGGGUGACUGCACUGCAAGCAAACACCGCUGGCCCACUGGUGAUGGAAACCAUGUUGAGCAGGUGCGCACUGUGGAUGAGAUGAAUUAUGACUUUCAAGCCUUGGCUCUGGAGUCUCGUGGAAUGGGUGAGCUACUUCCUGCAAACAAAUUUUGGGAAUCUGAUGAAUUUGUAAAAGAUGGACGCAAAGGGAUGUUGCUGGGUGAAGAGUGGAGAGAGAAUGCCUGGGGUGCUUCCCGUCAUUCUGUUUCGCAGCCCAUUAUGGUGCAAAGACGACCAGGCCAGAGCUACAACGGUAAUGGAGAUGCAAGCUCGGUGCUGUCCCCUCGCUCAGAGGGGGGUGGUCUGGGUGUGAGUAUGGUGGAGUAUGUCCUCAGUUCUUCCCCUGGAGACAAGAUGGAUGGUCACUACAGAAAUGGAGGCUAUGGUGGAGCAGAUGCAGAUCCAGAUGGCAGGGAGAAAGGUGAUUCAAAAGAAAAGGCUUCUCCAUUUGAAGAAGACAAAAGUCCUGAGAUGAAAGUCGGAGAUGAAGGGGAUGCCUCAAAAGCUAAUUCCAGAGGCUUGCUUAAUGGAAUGGAUCGCGACUGUAAAGACUUCAACCCUACCCCAGGCAGUCGCCAGGCGUCCCCCACAGAGGCAGUAGAACGGUUGGGCCCUAGUCAGUCUGGGUUGGAAAUGAUGGCACACCCACAUAUUCUGCAGCCACCCAACCCUGUCACAAACAAGCCUCCCACCGAGGACUUCCAAGGCCAGGAAGCCCAUAACAUGGGUGGCAUGGAGCAUCAGGCAGGCAUGGAGUCGCUCCAGUUUGACUAUGCUGGGAACCAGAUCCAGAUGGACUCAUCUGGUGCUCCAGUCGGCUUAUUUGACUACAACUCCCAACAGCAGUUGUUCCAGAGAACCAGUCAUCUUACAGUUCAUCAGUUGACCGCAGCACAGCAGCAACAGUACGCCCUUGCUACAGCCCAACAGCAACAUCUUGUAGGCCUUGCACCUGCAUUUGUGCCAAACCCUUACAUCAUCAAUGCUGCCCCCCCUGGAGCAGACCCUUACACCACUGCAGGAUUAGCAGCAGCUGCAACACUUGCAGGUCCAACUGUAGUCCCUCCUCAGUACUAUGGAAUGCCAUGGGGUCUGUAUCCAGCCAACCUUUUCCAACAAUCGGCUGCAGCCAGUCAUUCCACCAACCAGCAGGCUUCCAGUCAGGGUCCAGGACCAGGACAACAGGUGAUUCGUGCAGGGACCAGUCAGCGACCUUUGACCCCUGGCCAGAGCCAACAGAGUCAGCAGGAGUCCCUUGCUGCAGCUGCUGCAAACCCAGCGCUGGCCUUCACAGGCAUGCCAGGUUACCAAGUUCUAGCUCCAGCUGCUUACUAUGAUCAGACUGGGGCAUUGGUUAUGGGUCCUGGAGCUCGCACUGGCCUGGGUGGACAUGUCCGACUGGUCCAAACCCCACUCCUCAUCAACCCAGCAGCUGCACAAGCUGCUGCAGCUGCAUCUGCAUCAGGUUCAGGUAACAACAUGUCUGGUCCUGUUAAUGGUCUGUACCGGUCCAUGGGUUGCCAACAGCCCCAGCAGCCUCAACCUCAGCAGCACCCACCUCCACCCUCUAGUGGCCUGCCCUCCAAUUCUUUCUAUGGCUCUGGCUCAGUGGCACCCAGCUCCCAGAGCAGCUCACUAUUCUCUCAUACAAGCACGGCACCUCCUAGCACCUCUCUGGGUUUCAGCAGCACUGUUGGAUCUCUAGGUGUUGGGCUAGGCUCUGCACUUGGUGCCUUUGGCUCCUCAGUGUCAGGUUGCACUAGCAGCAGCGCAACCCGUCGGGACUCCCUUUUGGCCAGCUCUGACCUGUAUAAGCGUGGUGGUGGUAGUAGCUUGACGCCCAUUGGACAAUCUUUUUACAACAGCAUAGGAUACUCUUCCUCCCCCAGCCCCAUUGGACUGACGCCUGGUCACUCCCCUUUGACACCUCCACCCUCUCUGCCUUCCUCCCAUGGGUCCCCAUCCAGCCUUCAUCUAGGUGGUUUGACCAAUGGCAGUGGUCGUUAUAUUUCAGCUGCACCAGGAGCAGAAGCCAAAUACAGGAGUUCAGGCAGUACGUCCAGUCUUUUUAGCAGUCAGCUCUUUCCCCCACCACGAGCCCGCUACAGCCGCUCAGAUGUCAUGCCUUCAGGACGUAGCCGCUUACUAGAGGACUUCCGGAAUAAUCGAUUUCCCAGCCUGCAGCUGCGAGACUUGCCUGGUCAUAUGGUGGAGUUCUCUCAAGACCAGCACGGAUCCAGGUUUAUUCAGCAAAAGUUGGAACGUGCAACUCCUGCAGAGAGGCAGAUGGUUUUUGGGGAGAUCCUACAGGCUGCUUACCAACUCAUGACUGAUGUCUUUGGGAACUAUGUCAUACAGAAGUUCUUUGAGUUUGGCAGUGCGGAUCAGAAAUUGGCACUUGCGACUCGUAUCCGUGGCCAUGUGUUGCCUCUGGCUCUGCAGAUGUAUGGCUGUCGUGUAAUUCAAAAAGCUCUGGAAUCCAUCUCCUCUGACCACCAGGUAAUUAGUGACAUCGUACGAGAGUUGGAUGGUCAUGUGCUCAAAUGUGUCAAGGAUCAGAAUGGAAAUCAUGUGGUGCAGAAAUGUAUUGAGUGUGUCCAGCCCCAGGCUCUUCAGUUCAUCAUUGAUGCCUUUCAGGGACAGGUGUUUGUUUUGUCCACUCAUCCGUAUGGCUGCAGGGUGAUCCAACGUAUCCUGGAGCACUGUACCCAGGAGCAGACCCUGCCCAUCCUGGAAGAACUCCAUCAGCACUCUGAGCAGCUGGGACAGAAGUAUCAAGGCGUUUCAUUGGAGAUGACCCCCAAAACGUAUUAUACAUUGUCCAGCGAUGCACUGUUCAAGGAUCAGUAUGGUAACUAUGUGAUCCAGCAUGUUUUGGAGCAUGGGCGUCCAGAAGACAAGAGCAAGAUAGUGGCAGAGGUCAGAGGGAAGGUUCUGGCUUUGAGUCAACAUAAAUUUGCAAGUAAUGUUGUAGAGAAAUGUGUGAUUCAUUCUUCUCGUGCGGAGAGGGCCCUAUUAAUCGAUGAAGUCUGCUGUCAGAAGGAUGGCCCUCACAGUGCCCUGUACACUAUGAUGAAGGACCAGUAUGCAAAUUAUGUAGUGCAAAGAAUGAUUGACAUGGCUGAACCUGCCCAGCGCAAGAUCAUCAUGCACAAGAUUCGACCCCAUAUUGCCACUCUCCGUAAAUACACAUAUGGAAAACACAUCCUGGCUAAGUUAGAGAAGUACUACAUGAAGUGUGGAUCAGACCUAGGCCCUAUUGGAGGCCCCACCAAUGGCUUAAUUUAAGGGCCUCCCACCCAACCCAUGCCCCUUUCCCUCAAAAGGGAAUCUAUUAUGGGCAUCUCCUCCACCGUGGAGUUCAUACCCUAUAGGGGUUUUACCCCAAAAAAAUGAAAGGAAAAGAAAUUGGCCUCACCUGAGAAUGCUGAGAUGUCUGACUAGUUGCUGGUGCAGUUCCCGGUGUAGUGCCCAUUGUUACCUCAACUAGAGACUGCAUGGUCUGUAAGUGGUUUCCUGGGUAAAGCAGAACACCCUUGUUCAUGAUGUAAUUGAUGUAACUGACUGUUUCCUUUUUUUCUUUCCUAGUAAAUAUCUUGUACAUUUUUUACCUUGUACAUUUUCUGUAGAAAAAGGAAUGUUUGCUGUUAUUUUACAGUUCUUACAAUUUACACCAGCAAGUGACUUUAUAAGGACAAACUGAGUGAAUAUUUUUAAUUAACAUUUUAUUUUUUAUUUUUCCUAUCCAUACUUCUUAAUAGCAAAUUCAAGAAGUGUGAUACUUUUAAGCCCUGUUUUAGCCUGAUGGUACACAUGCCAAGGCUGCUGAUGAAAAAUAAUGAACCAGUCAGCUUGAUCUUAAAAAAAUCUUGCUUGUAGAUGACCACUUCCGUCUGCCAUGCCAUUGAGUUAGUUGCGUUAUUCUAAAACAAUCAAAGAGCUUCACUGCCUUUAAACGGGGGUGAUAUGAUUCAUAAGUGGUUUGAAGUGGCUGCAAUUCCCAUCUAUUUUUUUCUUUCCCUCCCUCAUGUGUGCACCGUUUUUGAUUAACUGCUCCACUUCCGUUUUGGGUUGCAUGGUAGGUAUGCAAGGCCUGCAGGGGGUGGGGAGAUUCGGCAUACUGUGCUUGGAUUUAAUGUUUUAAUGGAAUUAUUUUUCUUUGUCAUCAUGUUUGUGGAUCAUCUGUCUGUUUUUUUUUUUUUAACACUGCCCUAGAAACAGUAUAGUUGUACUGAUUAUCCUCUCUUUACAUUGUAAAUGUAAUCUUCAAUGUAAUGUAAGCAUCUUCAUGUACAAGUACAAAUAUUGAAUUGUUGCUGUUUUUUGGCUGUUGGGGGAGGCGGCGCUUGAGUCUUAGAUGAUGCUCUCCUAGGCAAAGUGAGGAGUUGGUAGGCGACGUCCCUGUCCUCAAAGGACUUUUGAGCUUGGUGCAAGUAGAACCGAUUUGAUUUCAUGAAGAUGAGACGUUGCAGGGUAGGAUCAAAUGUACAGCAUUCAGCAGUAUAGAUUUAGAAUGCGCAAGAUUAUACUUUUCAGAGAAAGGACAUCGGGCUGCUGUCUUCUGCUGCACACUCUUUUUUUGUUUGGCUAAUAUAUUAAUGGCUUUUUUUCCUUUUCUUCAUAUGAAUAAAUGUAGAAUACAUGUAGUAUGUGUGGGAUAAUUAAGUGUUAGUUUAUUAGUUAAAUAGAAAAAAAAUAAUCUAGUUGUGAUGUUGGAAAGGCCUUGCUAAAUUGCAUAGUGAUUUGCUUUUAUUUUGUCUGUACAGUUGUACAUUUGUAAACGUUAAUGCUGUAAAUGGAAUGUCUUUUACACUUUUUGGGGAAGAAAAAUCUAAAAUGUGCAUUUUGAUGUGUGAAUAUUCAUCACUCCUUUCCCUUUGAAUAUAAUGUAUACAGUUUUCUUUGAACAAGCAUUAUUUUAAAGAAGAAAAAGAGAAAAACUUUUUAUACAUCACAAUCUCAAGGUGGUUUUGUUUUUAAUCAGUUCUCGGAAAAUGGUCAGCCUCCUUAUGUACGACAACUUCUGUUAACAUUUAGUCAUUUUGAUGUGUGGCAGUUGAAUAAAAUAAGACAUUUCUGAAUUAAAAACAAAAACACAUGGGCCUCUCUUUGGUCCUACCUGCUGCCAUGGAAAUUUCACAGGACAGGACAAUAAUUAUUUUUGUAUAAAGGAGUGCUGUAUUUUAGAGCAGCCACUAACUUGUAAGCAAAUUAAUUGUAAGAUAUUGUCAUUUAUAUAAAUAUGAACAUAUGAGUUUUGUCACACUGUCAGAGUCAUGUACAUUUUCAGGAGGCCUUAUGUACCGUGUGUACAGAUGUUAGAUGAGAAAAAAACAGACUUUGUAUGAUUAAACUGUUCUUCUAACAUUUUA